ACAGUCAGGCCCCGCCUACUGACAUAAAUCAACUUCCGGUCCAUAAACUCCUUCAGGUCUAACUUGAGAGGAAAGGACACACUGCUUUACUUAAUCGCGCUGUUUUAAUUAUUACAUUUAAUCAAGCAAGUCAGCAAGCGAGCAGAAUAGAUUUGGCUAAUUAGCUAAAGUAAAUCAUGCUUGUACGUAACGUCGCUCAGAAGGCGCUGUGUAAUGCUGUGCUUCGUGUGCCACAGUCCUUGUCAGGGGUUCAACGCCAAGCAGGAGCUGUGGUAGCUGUGCAAAAUCUGCGUCCUUAUGUUAGCCAAAGUGCAGAGGCGGUUUUGGGGAAAUCAGCAACUGGCAGUGAUGUUGUCACUAACGCUGAAAGAGUGGACAAGAAGGCUGCCAGUGUAGAGUCAAAAUCCUUCGCUGUGAACAUGUUUAAAGGGCAGAUCAGCACCUCACAGGUGUUCCCCUUUCCCACAGUGCUGAAUGAGGAGCAGUCAGAGUUUCUCAGGGAGCUGGUGGGACCUUGUUCGAAGUUUUUUGAAGAGGUAAAUGACCCUGCUAAGAAUGAUCAGCUGGAGAAGGUAGAGGAUCACACCAUGGAGGGACUGAAGGAGAUGGGAGCCUUUGGCCUACAGGUGCCUGCUGAUCUGGGUGGUGUAGGUCUCAGCAACACACAGUAUGCCAGGCUGGUGGAGAUCGUGGGCAUGCAUGACCUGGGUGUGGGCAUCACUCUUGGCGCUCACCAGUCCAUUGGCUUUAAGGGAAUUCUCCUCUUUGGCAACAAGCAACAGAAAGAGAAGUACCUUCCCAAGUUAGCCUCAGGUGAAACAAUUGCUGCAUUUUGCCUGACUGAACCAUCUAGUGGUUCAGAUGCUGCUUCUAUCAGGUCAGUUGCUGUUCCCUCACCCUGCGGAAAGUACUACACCCUCAAUGGAAGCAAAAUUUGGAUCAGUAAUGGAGGCCUGGCUGAGAUCUUUACGGUGUUUGCUAAGACUCCGUUGAAGGAUGAGAAAACCGGAGAAAUGAAGGACAAGAUCACUGCAUUCGUUGUCGAAAGAAGCUUCGGAGGAGUCACACAUGGCCCUCCAGAGAAGAAGAUGGGCAUCAAGGCCUCAAACACAGCAGAAGUGUAUUUUGAGAAUGUGCGUGUUCCAGCCGAGUGUGUCCUGGGGGAAGUUGGAGGAGGAUUUAAGGUGGCUAUGAAUAUCCUUAACAAUGGGCGCUUUGGCAUGGCUGCAGCACUGUCAGGAACCAUGAAGGGUGUCCUUGCAAAAGCAGUGGACCAUGCGGCUAACAGGACUCAGUUCGGUAACAAAAUCCACAACUAUGGAGUCAUACAAGAGAAAAUGGCCAGAAUGGCCAUGAUGCAGUAUGUUACAGAGUCUAUGGCCUACAUGGUCAGUGGGAAUAUGGACAGUGGAGCAACAGAUUUCCAGAUCGAGGCUGCCAUCAGUAAAAUCUUUGCCUCUGAAGCAGCAUGGACGGUGACUGAUGAGUGCAUUCAAAUUAUGGGUGGAAUGGGUUUUAUGAAGGACGCUGGUGUCGAGAGAGUCAUGCGAGACCUGCGAAUCUUCCGUAUCUUUGAGGGCACUAACGACAUUCUGCGACUCUUUGUGGCGCUCAACGGCUUCCAGAAUGCAGGAAAUCAGCUGAAGAACUUACAAAAAGCUCUGAAAAGUCCAUUCAGCAACGCUGGUUUGUUGGCUGGGGAGAUUACCAAGCGUGCCAAAAGGAAGGCUGGCAUGAGUACAGGCCUCACACUGCAGGGAAGCGUCCAUCCAGAACUGGCUCAAAGCGGCACUCUGGCAGUUCAAGCCAUCGAGCAGUUUGGAGAAGUUAUAGAAGAGCUGCUUCUUAAACAUGGCAAGAGGAUUAUUGAUGAGCAGUUUGUGCUAAAGCGAGUUGCAGACUGUGCUAUUGAUUUAUAUGCUAUGGUUGUGGUGCUUUCCAGGGCCUCCAGAUCUCUGAGUCAAGGUCACUCAUCUGCUCAGCAUGAGAAGAUGCUUUGUGAAACCUGGUGCACUGAGGCUCAUGAUAGAAUCAUGCAGGAUAUCAAGUUCCUGAGGUCCGGUACAUCCAAGCAGAUCUUCAAGAACCUGCGUGCCAUUUCUGCAGCUGUGGUAGAGAACGGAGGGGUGGUUUCUCCUCAUCCACUGGGCUUUUAAAAAUCCUUUCUAUUACUGCCAUCAGCCAGUCAAAAUCUCACCUUCUCCUCGACAUCGAUACGCAUUUAGGUUUAAUAUGACUUCCCACAUGGCUCAAUGGUGCCAAACUGGGUGAAUAGAAGGCUUUGUUAUACCAGUAUAAGACUUAGUAGAACCAUUCUGUGAAGUUAAUCUCAAAUCAUCUGAAUCUGUAAAGAUGUUGGAAAGUAAUUUUCACACAGGAAACUAACUGGUAGGGAUAAUGCAUAGAUAUAUUAAAACAAAACAAGACUUUUUUUUUUUUUGUUAACACAAAUUUAGACCCACAUCUAGCCACUUUCCAUUGUUGUUGUUAUUUAUCAUUGUAUCAAAGGGAUUUACACUGAAAAACAGUGUUAGUUUGCUGUGUCAUUGUCUAGCUAAUUUUGGCCUGGCACAACAUUGUUCUAUCAUCAGUACACUGUACAUAAGGCUUUAUAUAUUUUUAUACCAAUUGUCAAACUGCCUUGGUGAAAUGCACAUUUAAGGCCUUUUAUUUGGAUGUUGAAUUUCCCUAGAAGCAGUCAAAUGGUUUGAGAAAUCAUUAGGAAGUUGUUUGGGUGUUUGUUUGUUUUUUUAACUUAUUCUAUCACAAAUAUCCUCAGUUGCUGUAGUUUGAGAUACAUAAAUGUAGCUUUGCAGAACUUUAACAGUAUAAUUUUUUUUUUUUUUACUGUUUUGGGGUUUUAUUCCCAAAGUUCUGUGCAUGCAGGAUUUUCUGUUCCUGUUGUACACAAUGGUUGUAGUUGUGCAUAUGUAUGAAAUCAGUGGUGUAAACCUUAAUUGUACUCCGUCUGGUCAUCUAUAUAACCAUAUAACAAAUUUGCAGAACUUGAAAAAUAUAUUUAUUACAAAACAAUCUGGUACGGUUUAAAAAAACAUGCAUACAAUUGAUCAUUUCCUGUUCACAGUGAAGUAAAUCUUUAAAGCUUUAUUUGACUAAAGUAAUGUCAAGCGCUCUCAGUAGGAUGUAUUUAACCAUGUGUAAGAAACCUUUGGUUAAAAAUAAGUAAACAACAACAUUAAAUUGUAACGUGAAAA